AUGGGACUGCCGCACGACCAGCCCAACGGAAUUCUGGCGAGUGCUAGAAUGGGAGAGGGUGUCAUCAUCGGCGUCAUUGACUCAGAUCCAGGCAUCUCCGCCGCCGCCGCCGCCGCCGGUCUUUCCCGGUCAGGUGGUCCUGAUGCUGUCUCCAUCCAGCUGCCUGCGACUCACCUCAUCUGGCGGCAUCACGGACAUUUUAUUCUGGAUCCAGAUUCAUUGGCACGAUGUAUUUGGCCAGAGUCACCGAGCUUCAGUGACGAUGGAUACGCGCCCCGUCCUCCAAGAUGGAAGGGAACGUGUCAAUCUGGCAAGUCCUUCAGCCCCAAGAGCUGCAACAACAAGAUCAUCGGUGCACGGUGGUACGCGGAUGUCGAAUCCCAACUAGUAGGUGAAUAUUUGUCUCCCAGAGACCUCAACGGCCAUGGCACCCAUGUGGCCUCGAUAGCAGCGGGUAACAUAGCCCACAACAUCAGCUUCCAUGGGCUGGCAUCCGGCGUUGCGCGCGGCGGCGCGCCAAGAGCCCGCAUCGCGGUGUACAAGGCUUGCUGGAGCCUUGAAGCGCCACCAGCUGACGCCACAUGCAGUGAGGCAGCGGUCAUGAAAGCUAUAGAUGAUGCCAUCCAUGAUGGUGUCGAUGUCUUAUCGCUGUCCAUAGUCAACCUGUUGGGUCACCUCCCCGCAUUUCAUGCUGUGGCAAAGGGUAUACCGGUGGUAUAUGCAGCUGGGAAUUUUGGACCUUAUGCCCAGAUGGUGGGUAACGUAGCUCCUUGGCUGUUUACGGUUGCGGCAUCAACGGUGGAUCGGUUGUUUCCUACUACCAUCACUCUUGGAAAUGGCCAGACACUUAUGGGACAAUCCUUGUUUGCGGAUAUGGAAAGAGCAAACCAGUUUCACAAGAUCAAGCUCUAUAUGAAUGGCAUGUGUAACUCGACUCUUGCAAACAGUACAGAUGUGAAGGGGAAUAUUGUCCUUUGCUUCAGUAUAACCUCUGUUUUCCCGGUUGCUCAACUGUAUAGGUUAGCAACUGCAGUGAUCAAGAACGGAGGAGAAGGUUUUAUCUUCACGCAGCAAAAUUCGGACCUUCUUGUUGCCUGGCAGUUUCGUGCCAUGUCCAUCCCAUGUGUUUCUAUUGAUUUAGAGGUUGCCUACAAGAUAAUUCAGUAUUUCAGUACCAGUCAGGAUCCGGUAGCAAAGGUUUCUUUAAGUCGAACAACAACUGGAAGUGGAUUUCCUGCUCCAAAGAUUGCAGCUUUCUCAUCAAGGGGUCCAAGCUCCGUCUAUCCUGCAGUGCUCAAGCCUGACAUUGCUGCACCGGGGGUGAAUAUUUUAGCAGCAGCGCCACAGGUUGGUGUUUACAAGGAACUGGGGCUCUACUUCUUUGAUUCAGGGACAUCCAUGGCUUGCCCACAUGUAUCUGGCAUUAUAGCCGUGCUCAAGUCACUCCAUCCAGACUGGUCACCUGCUGCUUUCAAAUCAGCACUCAUGACAACUGCAUACAUUACAGACAACAAUGGUCUCCCAUUACUAGCUGAUGCAACCCCAAAUAAGAUUGCAAAUCCUUUUGAUUAUGGAGCUGGAUUUGUCAAUCCGGCUCAAGCGAACGAUCCUGGACUUAUAUAUGAUACCGAUGCUUCAGAUUACCAGAAAUUGUUCAACUGCAUGUAUGGGUCAGACACAAACAGUAGUUGUAUAGCAACUGAGAGAUCCUUGUUUGACCUGAAUCUCCCAUCAAUCGCCAUCCCCAAUCUCAAAUCAUCGGAAACGGUAUCAAGGACUGUCACCAAUGUGGGCCAAGCUGAUGCAGUGUAUAGAGCAUUUGUUGAGCCCCCUGCUGGAGUUGAGAUGCUGGUCAAACCCAUGGUGUUGGUGUUUGGCAAGGGUACAAGCUCACAGUCUUUCAAGGUGAGCUUCAGGGCAACACGAAAGAUCCAAGGCGAUUACUCAUUUGGUAAUUUGGUGUGGCACGAUGGUGGCAGUCAUUGGGUCCGAAUCCCGAUAGCAGUUCGUGUUGUUAUCGAAGAUCUCUAUUCAACCGUCUCCUAAACUAUCGGUGUGGAGGUAAAGGGUUAAGUUUGUAGUUAAUGUAUGUAAUAAGUGAUGUGUUACCUGACGUUUGCAUUUGUUGUCUGUUGCGUCGAUAAUUUUACAAGAACAAAAUGCUCACAUAUCAUGAUAGCUGAGCUUCAUUUGAUGAGAUAAAAGCAGUUUUUAAUUGUUA